AUGGCUUUCCAACAAUCAGGGCAAAAGGUGCAAUUGCAAAAUCCAGAAGCUACAUUUUCCCAACUUAGUAAACAAAACUCAAUACUCACACUCACCCUUGAUGAGUUCCAAUGCAAGAGUGGAAAGAGCUUUGGAUCCAUGAACAUGGAUGAAUUCCUUGCCAGCAUUUGGAGCUCUGAUGAUAAUCAAGUUAACCCACCACUACCCACUCAUAAUGAAGCUGCCAAGAGUAAAGGUGUUGCAAAAGAACCAACUCAACCUACCACUUCCAAGCAAGGUUCAUUCUCUGUCCCUCCUCCAAUUUGCAAUAAAACUGUGGAUGAAGUUUGGUCUCAAAUCCAUAAAGACAAACCACAACACAAUGCAGCUAAUGACAACCUUGGCAAGAAUGAGACACUCAAAAAGCAACAAACGCUUGGUGAAAUGACUUUGGAGGAUUUCCUAAUAAAAGCUGGGGUAGUACAAGAAUCAUCAUCACAUCAACCAAGAACUACUUGUAAUAAUAUUGCAACAAAUGGGCCAUUGAAUGCAAGUUAUAGAUUGAGGCCUGCAAUGAGGAUGGGAUUUUCUACCCAACAUGAUACUGGGAACAAUGUGUCUAUUAAUGGGCUUGAAGCACACCAAAUGUUGCUGCAGAAUAACAACUUAGUUGUAAAGGAUCAAGCUACAAGUCGCACACUAGAGAAAUGCCAAACCUUACCAGAGUCAGGUGGGAAUGGUAAUAGGAAGAGGAUAAUUGAUGGUCCUCCUGAAGUGGUAGUAGAGAGAAGGCAGCGCAGAAUGAUGAAGAAUCGCGAAUCAGCAGCACGAUCUCGAGCAAGAAGACAGGCAUACACGGUGGAGUUAGAAACAGAGUUGAAUCUGCUUACAGAAGAGAACGAGAAGCUAAAACAAAUUCUGGCUGAAGCUGAGCGCAAGAGAAAACAAGAGAUUUCCCAGAGAAAGCACUCAACAGUGGCUCAAAAGAGGACAGAAAAAUGGAGGGCAAUGAGGAGGCCUAUAAGUGCUGCCUGGUGA